CAGAGGUUAUGGGGAGAAGGCAGGAGAAUGGGGUUAGGAGGGAGAGAUAGAUCAGCCACGAUUGAAUGGCGGAGUAAACCUGAUGGGCCGAAUGGCCUAAUUCCGCCGCUACCGCUUAUGACCUUAAGACCAAUCCCUUCCGCCGACUGCAAGAGAAGCGAGGUACCUUCUAGUUCCUGAUCCGUGGUCACAGUGACAGUCAGCUGGGUGGGCAAGUGACAUCACAUCCAGACCAUCACUGCCGAUCCUGUCCUCGCCCGAUGCCCAAACACACACACAGGCGCACACAAUUCACAGCUAAGUCACUGGCCGGUAAUCAGAAGGGCGAAAGCCAGAUGCACUCUCACUCGACUAAGCGAGGCGCCGAAGCCGGCAUCACCGUGCAUCAUUUAGUAUUGGCACCGGCUGGAUACCGAUAUUGCUGGAACUCUUGACCGGGUAACUCGCGGGGUUCAUGGAGACGAGCUGGGGUUAUUUGUACCAGCCGUCAGCCUCGUUAGCUCUUUACUCGUGCCCGGCUUACAGCACCAGCGUCAUUUCGGGACCCAGGACGGAUGAACUUGGUCGGUCUUCGUCGGGGUCAGCCUUCAGCCCCUACGCCGGUUCGACCGCCUUCAGCGCCCCUUCCCCGGGCUACAACAGCCACCUCCAGUACAGCACCGACCCGACCGCUGCCUUCACUUCCUACGUGGGAUCUCCCUAUGAUCACACUACGGGCAUGGCUGGAUCUAUAGGAUAUCAUCCGUACGCUGCCCCUCUAGGCUCUUACCCUUACGGCGACCCGGCUUACCGGAAAAAUGCCACCCGAGAUGCCACCGCCACCCUCAAAGCCUGGCUGAGCGAGCACAGGAAGAACCCUUACCCCACCAAAGGCGAGAAGAUCAUGCUGGCCAUCAUCACCAAAAUGACCCUGACCCAAGUGUCCACCUGGUUCGCCAACGCCCGGCGGAGAUUGAAGAAAGAGAACAAGAUGACUUGGACCCCGAGAAACAGGAGCGAGGACGAGGAGGAGGAAGAGAACAUUGAUCUGGAGAAAAACGACGAGGAUGAACCGCAGAAACCUUUGGAGAAAGAGAACUCGUCGGAGCCAGAGCCAGGGGAGCAGAAAAACGUGGUAGAAAUUGCUUGCGAGAGGUUUCAGGAACAAGACCUCGGUAAAGAGAGUGAGCAGAUCCUGAGCGAUUCGGAAUUUAAAGAUUCGGAGGAAAAAGAGACCCUUCACUCGCCCAAAGCUACAACUUCAGCCCUGGCUCUUCCUCAUCGAACGGAGCUCCGACGCGAAAGCCACGACUCCGACUUGGAAAAUGCACAUACAAACCUAGUCCAUACUCUUGCCAGCGACACGCCGAGCUGCACUGUGACUUCAGUCAUUCACUCGCCCCCGGCUGCAAGCUCCAAGCCCAAACUGUGGUCUUUAGCGGAGAUCGCCACCUCGGACAAGUCGAAAGAAAGCAACGAGCAGCAGCCGAGCGCUUGCUCGGGCCACGGUUGCGCUGUGUCCGCCAGCGCUGCAUCGCCGAGCCGUUCACCUUGCCCCUACCCGAACAGCGCCGUGUUGGGCCGGCCCCUCUACUACACCUCUCCCUUCUACACGGGCUACACGAACUAUGGCACUUUCGGACACCUUCACAGCCACCACGGAGGUAGCAGCACAAAUCACUUCAGUUCUAAUGGAUUAAGUCAGACUGUCUUAAGCAGAGCAGAAGUAUUGGCAAAACUGUGUCCAGAAUCUAAAACAAAGAGCCCGGCGCCACUAGACCAGUGUAAGGACGCGUCGCCUUAUGAAUUGAAGAAAGCUAAGAUAUAUAGAGUCAUACAGUCAUGCAGCGUGGAAAAUGGGCCUUCACCUCAACCCGUCUUUGUCGACCAAGAUUCCGGAUGAACAUGCCACAAUGUGAUGCUGCCUAAACGCUUCUGCUCUCCAAUUUGGUCCUCAAGGUCGAGGAAGCGUCAUGUUUAGUUUAGUUUACAGAUUCAGCAGAGAAACAGGCCCUUCAGCCCACCGAGUCCGCACCGACCAGCGAUCCCCGCUCAUUACCACUAUCCUACACUAGGGAG